UUUUACAAUAGUCAUUUAGCUGAACAGUGAUUAAUGCGUCUUCAUUUAAAGCGCAAAGACCGGGCGCUUUGGACGCUCGAGACUACUUCAUUAUAAUUAAUGUCUCUGGUUCCUCGUGGACCCGGAGGUCGCGAAUGGCUCCGUCCCGCGCCCACUGAUCUCUGAAGAUCUGACACGAGAGGGAUCUAGCUGGCUGUUGCAAUCUGACAAGAUCUGUAAUACUUGGGUGAUAAAUCGUUCCAAACUUUUUUGGCGAUGCUGGCAGCUCGGGGGUGUGCGCAUGUGCGAAGGUGUCUAAACUGACAAUGCUGGAGAGAUAGUGUGUCUGGGAUUGAGAAUCACAGAGAAAAAGGACAGAGGAAAAAGAAAAAGGAGGAAAAGAUUCGAGAAAAAUUCCGGCAAAGCAACGCCAAACGACGGGAAGGCUAUCAUGAGGUCCAAAGGCAGGGCAAGGAAACUGACCACGGGAGAUGGCGAAGACUUUUCCCUUUUCUCCUCUGAUGACCUGGAGGAAGUUGGAAGAGCCUCUGAUGCGGAUCCAUCGCCUCUGGCCGCUGCUAAAGACCUUCCCUCCCCUGGCCUAUCGUACGAGGCCGUCUCGCCGUUCGCCCCCUCGCCCUUCCACCCAUCAUUCCACACUUCCAUGUACCUGGCAGGGGAGGGGCUCGAAUCCGUGCCCCCAGACUUUGAAAUCCGAGAAUCGGGCGUGUCCAAAGGAACCCUGGGCGUCUGGGCCCGUAGGCAUCUGGAGGUGGGAGAGCGUCUCGGACCCUACGAGGGACCAUUGAGGCACAGACCAGAAAGUGCUACCCAGGCAUGGGAGGGUGAGCAGACAGGUUUGGAUGGGCGCAUGUAUGAUAGCAGGAGCUGGCUAAGGCACAUCCAGGUCUCUCCAUCAACCCAACAACACAACCUCACAACCUGCCAGAUACAUGAGCAGAUCUUUUACCGUGUGGUUUGUGAGGUUCAGCCUGGUGAGGAGCUCCUUCUGUUCAUGAAGGCUGAGGACGUUUCAUGCGAGGCCAUGGCUCCAGACAUACACGAGGAACGUCAGUAUCGUUGCGAGGACUGUGAUCUGAACUUUGAAUCUGGUUCGGAGCUGUUGGACCAUCAGAAGCACGCGUGCGGGACCCCGCCGGCCUCCGGCUUCAAGCUGUCCCAGCAGGGUCCGCCCGGGGCACCGGAUCACGACCUGCAUCUACUCCCUCUGAACAUGCCCCAUUCCCCACAGGAGUGUAAGGAGUGUGAACAGAUCUUCCCAGACGCCCAGAGUCUCGACUCUCACUCGCUGUCUCACUCCGACGAGAGGGAAUACAAGUGCGAUCAGUGCCCAAAGGCUUUCAACUGGAAGUCCAACCUGAUUCGCCACCAGAUGUCACACGACAGCGGCAAACACUACGAAUGUGAAAACUGCUCAAAGGUGUUCACAGACCCCAGCAACUUACAGAGACACAUCCGCUCUCAGCAUGUGGGGGCGCGGGCUCACGCCUGCCCCGAGUGUGGCAAGACCUUCGCCACCUCCUCGGGCCUCAAGCAACAUAAACACAUCCACUCCUCCGUCAAGCCCUUCAUAUGUGAGGUCUGCCACAAAUCGUACACGCAGUUCUCCAAUCUGUGCCGUCACAAGCGCAUGCACGCGGACUGUCGCACUCAGAUCAAGUGUAAAGACUGCGGCCAGAUGUUUAGCACCACAUCCUCCCUAAACAAACACCGGCGCUUCUGCGAGGGCAAAAACCAUUUCGCCGCUGCCGCGGGAGGCUUGUUUGGGCAGGGCAUGACCCUCCCCGGCGCCCCUGGCCUGGAUAAGUCUACGUUGGCUGGAAUGAGCCAUGGGAGCCCUGGUUUAGCAGACUAUUUCGGGACAAACCGGCAUCAUGGUGGGCUGACGUUCCCAGCAGCCCCUCCGGCAUUCCCGUUCAGUUUUCCCGGACUUUUCCCAUCAGGACUUUACCACCGGCCCCCUCUAAUCCCAUCCACGUCGCCAAUCAACGGCCCUCAAAGCACAGAGCUUCAGAAGAGCCCGCUGCUGUCCUCAUCCAUCACUGGGUCACAUGACCUCUUGAAGAGUUUCCAUAAGGACUCUCUAAAUGGAGUAGUAGAAGGUGCGGGGCGUCCAAAAGAAGGGUCCGUCUCCAAGACAAGGCAUGGCGGGAAAUAGAGCGACCAAUCCGAGAGUAGCGAUCUGGAUGAUGUCAGCACUCCAAGCGGGAGUGAGCUGGAAAGCACUUCAGGUUCAGAGCUGGACAGUGAAGCAGAAAGCGACCGGGAACGAGUGCGUGUGCGGGAAAAUGGGAAGGGGCCAAAAAGGAAGUCAAGUGGGUUCAGCGAUGCCCAGAGUCCAACUCUCAUCAACUCCAGUGGUAGUAACAACACCAGUAAUGGAAAAGAUUUUCCUGCGUCGGGCCUCCAUCAGCCGUCUUUGGACGAGCAUACAGCAGUUUCUGGUGCUGUUAAUGACUCAAUAAAGGCCAUUGCCUCCAUCGCCGAGAAAUAUUUUGGCUCUACUGGACUCACAGGCCUGCAAGACAAAAAAGUUGGGGCACUGCCAUAUCCUUCCAUGUUCCCUCUAUCUUUCUUCCCCGCCUUCUCUCCCUCGGUCUAUCCGUUCCCUGAGAGAGAGCAACUUCGACCUCCGGGCCACAAGGUGGAGCCAGAAAGCCCUCCAGUUGAGAGGAAAAAACUCAAAAGCCUCGAGUCGCCUUUUGAUCUCACCACCAAACGGAAGGAAGAGCCUCUUGUGCCCACCUGUGCUCCAUUGAAACCUGAAGCCUCACACGUACAAUCAGCCAAUCAGGAUCAGCCGCUGGACCUGAGUCUUGGCGGACGGAGCCGAGGCAAGAGAAAGAGAGAAGAAGAGAUACGGAAGAAUCCUGUCUUUGCUGAAAAGAGGGUGGAAGUGGAGCCACCCAAGACCGACCCCUCCCUCCAGCAUGCAAGACCCACCCCUUUCUUCAUGGACCCCAUUUACAGGGUUGAGAAGAGAAAGAUGAAUGAUCCAUUCCAAGUCCUGAAGGAUAAAUACAUGCGACCCGCUCCUGGAUUCCUCUUCCACCCACAGUUUCGCAUGCCUGAUCAGAGAACAUGGAUGUCAGCAAUUGAAAACAUGGCCGAGAAGCUGGAGUCUUUCAGCUCUCUGAAGCCAGACGGCGGUGACAUCAUGCGUUCCGUUCCUUCCAUGUUCGACUUCCGGGCUCCACCUGCCACCCUUCCCGAAACACUGUUACGCAAAGGCAAAGAGCGCUACACCUGCAGAUACUGCGGGAAGAUAUUCCCACGCUCAGCCAACCUUACAAGACAUCUACGGACACACACCGGAGAGCAGCCUUACAGAUGUAAGUACUGUGAUCGUUCGUUCAGUAUUUCAUCGAAUCUCCAGCGUCACAUCCGCAACAUCCACAACAAAGAGAAACCUUUCAAAUGCCACCUGUGCGACCGCUGCUUCGGACAACAGACCAACCUGGACCGCCACCUCAAAAAACACGAGAACGGUAAUUUAUCAGGCACAGCGAUGUCAUCGCCCCGUUCAGAGCUGGAUAGCGGCAGCGCCAUCUUGGAGGACAAAGAGGACUCGUAUUUUAACGAAAUACGAAAUUUCAUCAGUAACACAGCACAGACAGCCCCAUCUCCAUCACACUCGGAGGAAGGACUGAAUGGCAGCCAUUUUGAUGGCGAUAAAGCCCUGGCUGGGUCCGGGUCACGUGACCUGGACGAGGAGGAAGGGGAGGAGCUUGGAGCAGAGGAAGAGACAGAGCGCAGUGAGAGCGCUAGGAAACCCAGCGAUGAAGGUGUGACUAGCAAUGUGGACCGCGAUAUCAUAAAUGACGACAUGGAUUUUGAAGGAGCGGAUGAUCUGGAAUUGAACAGCAAAUCCUCGCCACAAAGAUUUAAUGAGGAAGAUGAAGAUCACAGCAGUUUUUCCACGAUGGAUCACAUCCGCCACUUUAGUAUGGAGGACGGCGAUCUUAGCGAUGGCGAUGUCAGCAGCUUUGGCCCUGCCCACCUGCAAGAAGGGAUUAAACAGCCCCUGUACAGAAAGUCUAAAUCGCAGGCGUACGCCAUGAUGCUGUCUUUAGCCGAUAAGGAUCCACUCCACUCGUCUACCCAUAAUGCCCCGAUGUGGCACAGCUUGGCCCGCGCCGCAGAAACCAGCGCAAUUCAGUCUCUCAGUCACGUAUGACACCCUCACGUACUACAAGACGUUACUUUACAACAUUGUGUUACUAUCGCUGGAGUCCCUGGUCCACACACGUACAGUACACACACUUGCACAAGUGCCCAGAUUGUCAUACACUUAUACUGUACACAACCAGUUACUGUGUAUAGCAGAACACUAUUCCAUAUACACGAACAAAUAUUGAUUGAUUGACUGUUUGAUUGAUUGAAUAUAGUUAGUAACAAUGACAAUAGUGUCUGUAAUUUUGAUGGUGAUGAUGAAGAAGACGAUGAUGACAAUAGUAGUAAUACAUAAUAAUAAUAAUUGUAUUUAUUCUGUCAAGUUUCAAUAUUUUGCACAGCUGUGGCAGCUGGUGAACAGUUUUUAAAAUUGCUGUUGGUGUCAUGUUUGUGAGUUUUGUCCGCUGAUGGUUACUAAGAGUAACAGACGAGAGUCUUCCACGAGACAAAUGUGAGCGCUGCGUAUACAGGCACAAGAGCCUACCGGCAUGUAAAUAUCUACGAACAAUGUCACACAAAAAAGCAAAUACAGAAUGGAAACACGAAAGUGUGUUUUUGAAGCAUUUCACCUGUUCCUUCUUGUACAGAAACGUACAAGUUAACAAAGGUAUAUGAAAAAGGGCGAAUCAGGGGUUGAGGGUAGGAUAUCAUUAAGUUUGUGAUUUAAAAAGUAAACAAUUACACUCAAAAGGUGUGAACUUGAGACCUCUCACGGACGCUGCUUUUGAAAAAGGUGUUAGGAGCGAGACGGUGACUAUUUGCAAGUUCUGUCCAAUGAAAGCACUGCAUAACCCACUUACCCACCAGUCUGUGCGACAACAGACGCCCUUUAGUUGUUUUACGGUGGAAAAGCGGUUGUAAAAAACAGAGCUCAAAUCACUUUUUCUAAACUGAGAAAAGAAACUAGUUUAAGAUGAAAACUAGAAGGGCAUUCUGUCGUUUUCAUGGUAACCCGUCCAUUCGUUGGCGAACGAUACCACUAAAUAACGUGAAUGCUAGUUUUUAGCUAUACGCCAUCCUCUUGUGUCUUUCAUUUAUAGACAAUCAUGGGUUCCUUAUGUUUUCCCCUUGUCGUCUGUUGCUUUGUUUUUGUCCUUUUUUUUCUUGGUUGACGUCAUCAAUGUCAUUUCUGUGUAUCUUGAAAGUUGUAUUUAUUUCUCUGCAAACUGUAGUUUGUUUACUGAAUAGCACUGCUCUCGAGCACCCCCUUGCGGUGAAAAGGAGAAUUUCACACUGAGAUUUCGGGGAAAAGACUCCACACAGUCUACUGGGGUUUGUAGAAAUGUCUCUGAAUGCCAGAUAGUAUUAAACAUACCAUCACAGCUUAUACUUCUAAUGAAACUGGUAAAUGAUAUAGAUAUUACUUAGGGUUUUUUUGUAUGACAAUUUAUUGAUAACUGUAAAAUAUAAAAAAAUGAUAAAAUAGAGGAAAAAUGGAAAGAAAGAAUAAAAACAGCUGAUAUUAUUUCUUCAUAAAACGCAUGAUUGGUCCGAGCUGUAACUGACAUUUUCUAUGGUUGUCUGCAAGCUUGUGUGACGUCUGGGUCCAUGUUGAUUUCUUGUGCCAAACCUAUGACAAAUGCCAGAUUUUGUUUAUCCUCACGAGGACCAGAUCUUUCCUAUUUCACUUUUUUAUUUUUUGUUUUGUCGAUGUUUAUAAUCCCAUUUUUAAAGUAAUCAGUGAAUUGAGGUACUUCUGUUUUAAUGCUUUCUACAAUGUAACUGUAUUGCAUUAUAAUUCAAUACUGUGGGAGGAGUUACUGAGAAAUAAAGAACUCCUGUGUGGGCGGACUGUGCACUCUCCAAACGUCUCUGUCUCCGUUUUUAUCGAUAUCACGUCAUCUUCCACGCAACGUCGCGUUUAUUUGUAAAGGACUUUUUACAAUAAACAUUAUUUCAAUUUAGAAAUUUACCAUGAGCUGCUGUUUCCGAGAAUAAAGCCCAUUUCAGGAUCAUUGCGAUAUGUAUGAAGAGUUUGGUUCCAAAAUAAGAUAACUCCGUUUUUAAUUGUUAUCAUGUUUUUAUUGCGUUGGUUGGCUGUAUU